AUGGCUGCGAACAUGAGGCUGUCCAUCAGUUUGCUCCAGCUGGCUCUAAUACCUCUGGAGGCAUCGAAAUUUACACCGAUACCACAGCGCUUGCGCUUUUGGAAACUUCCGGCCUCGCUCAAUACGGCCAUCUUCCACACGGACUUUGGAUCGCUGGCCGCGGCCGAUUUCGACACCAACUACCCGGCCAGUCUAGAGUUUCUCUGCGAGGAAGGCGCCUCCCUCUCGAUCGCCACGGGCUUCCUGACCAACAUGGACUACAUCGAGGAGUUAAAGUUUACCAACUGUGACCUUGGGGGCAUCCCGGCGGCCGCCUUCAGUGGCGUUGGGUCCCUCGACAUGCUGAGCUUUGAAAAUGGCACGGUCAGCUCAAUGAGCGAUGACAUGCUAGAUGGCGUCAUAAUUCGUCGCAAUACGUCAUCAACACCUGCGUUCCCGAAACACAACGGGGCGUUCAAGAUGGUGAACACCAAGUACACCGGGACGUUUCCCCCCGCUGUGUUCGCCAACCAGAAAGUGUACGAAGUAGUUCUGCGGAACACAAACCUAUUUAAUGUGGAUGCGGGCCUGUUUUCCAGCGCCCCGAACGUCCGGUAUCUUGACCUCAGCUACAACUCGUUCUCGGAACUUCCGGAGAAGAUUCUCACGGACCUCUCGAAAUCACUCGGUGUUAUUCGUCUGUACGGAACAGACAUCCAGUGCACAUGUGACAAGCUGUGGUUUCUUGAUCACGUGACCUCCAACUACCUGACGCUAGAGGGCGACAUCGUGUGCGUAAACACCGGGGCAGAGUGGGACGGAAUUGCUCUGGUCGGAGCAUGCCUGACCCCUAUUGACAUCGUGGGGUACGCGGUUGGAUUCAUCGGAUUCGUCCUGGGCUGGGUGGUUCUCGGCCUUACCGACCACACCCGGCGUCAAAUGAACGGCGUCGCAGGUAACAAGAAGCCGGGAACCAAGAAAAAGGCGCCUGCUGCAAAACAGCCAGACGUUUAA